GAAUAAAUUUAUUUAGAACGGAAGUUGGAGCGAGUGUAUUUCCAGCUGUUGAAAAGCAUCAGCUAAUUUAACGAAUUUGAGGUAUGCUUGAUCGGCACCCUAGUGACAGCUUUAGAUAAAAAAAAAAUACAUACGAAUACCUUGAGUAAAUUUUAUUACUUUCGGAAAAUAUUAAAAUCGAAGAAACGGGGGAAAAUACAUGGAAAGCAUGUAGAAAGAAAGAAGACACAUAAAAAGGAAAAAUUUCAGAGAAAUAUUCAUUUACAAUGGCGAUGAUGUUCACCGGCGGAACAUAAAAGUGGUUAUUACGUGGCAUGCUAGGAGAAAAACACGAGAAGAAACGUUAUUAGAUGAUACUGUUCAAUCGGGUAACAUCAGAAGUGUUAUCAUUACCUUUGGUUACUGUUAAAGGAAACUAAAGAACUUCUUUUCUAAGAAUUUCCCGUGAAAUUACACAGGUUGUAAUUGAUUUGCUCAUCAAUAAAAAAUGCAUCUGAAACAGCUGUAGAGAACCUCAGCCCAUUUGCAUUUUCAUUUAUAUUACACCACACUUGGAACCUUCCCUGCAUUGGAUCUUGAGCCUACAGUGGACCACGGACUGCAUGCUGGAAUAUACUCAUGUGAUUUUACGUAUACAUUGAGUGUACUUGGUCAAUACUUGUGGAUGUAUGUGUGACUGGAAGGACAAAUUCCUAUAUGCUCUAAGUUCCUGAUUUUCCCAGCUGAUACAAUGUUAAAAACCAGUUUACGUUUCAAGUGUUUCCUUGGCACAGUUUUAUAUAUUGUGCUUUGUGAAAUUAUUGUUUGUGCAGAUAAUGCACAUAGACAUCUUCAUCAAGAUGAACAGUUACACACUCCUGCAGAAUCUAAGAAUUCAGAAAACGUUAAACCAGAAGUAGAUGAAGGUGAAAAACAAAACCAAAAAUUUGAACAAAAUACAUUUUUUGAAGAUAAAGAAGCUAAUUUAAAUACAAUUCAUGAACAAGAUUCUCAUAAUAGUCAUAAUAACCCUCAAAAUACAAAAGACUAUGAAGAUAUUAUUGCUCAUCAGAACUCAUUAGGCCAAAAAGAUUUAGAUCAACAAGAACCAGAUCAACAAGAAAUAUCAGACCACCAGAACACAGCUGUUCAUAAAGAAUUUGAAAUCUUUCAAGAUUCCCAACUUCCCUUAGAUAACCAAGAAUUUCGUUCUGAGUUCAAUCCAGACUCUGAAACACUGCAUGAAACUGUAGUUAAUCAACAAAAUCAAGAUACCAAUGAAAUUUCACGUAAUAUAGAAGAUGAACCGUCCAAUGAAGCUUUAAAUAUAGCAGAUCUCAAUUCAGAUGUUGAUUCAGCUAAUUUUCCUGAUACAGAUCACACAGCUGAUGCCGUGAAUUCUAAAGGGGAGGAAAUGAAGGAAGCUGAACUUACUCCGCUGGAAAUAAAAGCUAAUGAACUUUAUGAACAAGGAGAAGUCUUGAUUAACAAUACUUACCAUAAGAAUUAUAGAGCAGCCUAUGUCUUUUUCAAAGCUGCUGCUCAACUGAACCAUACAAAAGCACUUGAAUACAUAGGUUUUGGGCACUUCUUUGGUGAUCAUUGUAAUCAGAAUUUUACAAAAGCCAAAGAAAUUUUUGAAGAUUUGUCCAAUAGAGGGUCUGCCCGAGGUCAACUUGGUCUUGGUUUGUUGUUCAGUAUUGGCAUGUCUGUGAAUUCCAGUCAAGCUAGGACUAUUGUCUAUUUGACAUUUGCAGCCCUUGGAGGAGACCCAUUGGCACAAAUGGCAUUGGGUUACCGGUAUUGGGCAGGUAUUGGUGUGGAAAUGAAAUGUGAAUCAGCACUAACUUAUUAUCGCAAAGUAGCAACACUUGUGUCUAAUAUGGUGUCUGUGUCUGGUGGACCUGUAAUCCAGAGAAUUCGCUUGCAAGAAGAAGUAGAAAAUACCCAUUCUAAUUCAGGGCUUCUAGAUGAUGAUCUUCUUCAAUACUAUCAUUUUCUUGCUGACAAAGGAGAUAUGCAAGCUCAGGUUGUACUUGGACAACUGUAUUAUCAAGGUGGUCGAGGAGUUGAAAUCAACCAUGAGCGUGCUUUGCACUACUUUCUUAUGGCUGCUGAAUCAGGAAAUGCUUUAGCUUUGGCAUUUCUUGGAAAGAUGUAUUCAGAAGGUAGUCCUGUAGUAAAGCAAAACAAUGAAACUGCUAUAAGUUACUUCAAAAAAGCUGCUGAAAAAGGCAAUGCAGUUGGACAGUGUGGAUUAGGACUGAUGUAUCUUCGAGGACAAGGUGUUGAAAAGGAUUACAUUAAUGCCUUAAAGUAUUUCACUUUGGCUGCUGAACAAGGCUGGGCUGAAGGUCAACUGCAGCUAGGAAUUAUGCAUUAUAGUGGUUUAGGAGUUCGAAGGGACUACAAACUUGCUGUGAAAUAUUUCAACUUGGCCUCUCAAGGUGGUCAUAUCCUUGCAUUUUACAAUCUAGCACAAAUGCAUGCUACAGGCACUGGAGUUUUGAGCAACUGUCACAUGGCAGUAGAGUUAUUCAAAAAUGUAGCAGAACGUGGACGUUGGAGUGAGAUGCUGAUGGAAGCACAUUCAUUAUAUCGAGAGGGUAAUGUUGAAGCUGCACUCAUCAAAUAUACUUUUUUGGCUGAGCUUGGUUAUGAAGUAGCACAAUCCAAUGUAGCAUAUAUUUUGGAUCAAGGUGAAAGUAUGAUGUUUUUAAAGCAAGAAACCAAUAAACGUGCUCUCUUGCAGUGGACUCGAGCUGCUUCCCAAGGAUCUACAAUUGCUCGGGUGAAAAUGGGAGAUUAUCAUUAUUAUGGAUUUGGCACAUCUGUAGAUUACGAAGUGGCAGCUAGUCAUUAUCGCGUUGCAUCAGAACAACACCACAAUGCACAAGCAAUGUUCAACCUUGGUUACAUGCAUGAGAAGGGGCUUGGUAUGAAACAGGAUGUUCAUCUUGCUAAACGUUUUUAUGAUAUGGCUGCUGAAACAAGUACUGAAGCACAGGUUCCAGUAACACUUGCCCUCCUGAAGUUAGGACUUUUUUAUGGUGUUGAUGUGUUUAGUAAAGAAAUGGAAUUCUACAAGGAUUUUCUAAAAAAACUAAAUCCUCAAUUGUAUUUAGGCCCAGACUGGGAUCUUUAUGUAAUAACAUUUCUUGCUGUUUUACUAGGGCUGGUCAUUUUGUUACGACGACAAAUGGGACAAGCAGCAUAACGUUGCUUUUGCUCACGUCUUUUCUAUAUGAUGGACAAAAUUUAUUUGAGGAUAUUGUAAAUAUAUGUGUAAAUAAAUUUUUCGAUAAAGUU